CAUAAGCACAGCACAGUUUAUAGAUAUUAAAUUCUUACGAGAUACCCCGAUUAUCAGUAUGUGCUAUAUGAACUCUAUAGAAUUUGGAGGUCACUAUUCAGAAUGACACUAAUAACAUCCCACAUUUUAAAGAUCAUGAUUGUAACAAGACUAAUUUUAUCAUUACUACGUUUCCAUGGUCUUCAAGUCUUCAAUCAUUUUAUCAACCACUUAUAUCGGUGACUUAUCUCCAGGAAUCUAUACUAUACAUGCAGUAUAAAAAUUCGAUUCAGAAAGAUUUUGAAUUUACUUCAGAGAGGGACUAGAAAAAAUAUGAAGCUUCUUAUAGUUAUAUUUACCGUAAUAAUUCCUACGAUCUAUUGCCUCUCUGAUCAGGAAGAAUGGCAACAAUUCAAGACGCAACAUGGUAAAACCUACAGAAGUCUCCUUGAGGAAAAGAGACGUUUCGAUAUCUUCAAGUCCAACAUCCGAAUGAUAGAUGAACAUAACCAGAGGUUCAACAAUGGCGAGGAAACCUUCGAGAUGAGAAUGAACCAAUUUGGCGACAUUUCUCAGGAAGAAUUUCGUCAAAUGAUGAGCUUGCAGGAAAACCAAAUUCCGGAUCGCGGCGAUAACUUCGCAUUAUUCGAAGACAAUGAAGAACUACCGAAAGAAGUAGAUUGGAGAGCAAAGGGCGCUGUCACCACAGUGAAGGAUCAAUCGCUUUGUGGUGCUUGUUGGGCCUUUAGUGCGGUAGGAGCUAUCGAAGGUGUAAUUUUCCUGAAGAAUGGCAUACUAGAAUCUUUAAGUGUUCAAAAUCUUAUAGACUGUGCAGGAGCUGCGUACGACAACGAGGGAUGUGAUGGAGGGUUGAGGACCAACGCUUUCAACUACGUAAUAAAUCGUGGAGUGCUCACAGAUAAAGAGUACCCGUACACAUCCUAUACUGGCAAAGAGGGAAAAUGCAAGAAGCAAGGGGGAGUCAAGAUCAGCGGUUAUAAGGAUAUUCCAGAAGGGGAUGAACAGGCUCUAGCAAAAGCUAUUGCGUUAAUAGGACCAGUCUCUGUGGGAGUGGACGCCAGUCACAUGCAAUUCUACUCUACAGGAGUAAUAACCAAGAAAUCCGGUUGCAAAAACGAACUUGGCGAUUUGCACCAUGGUGUUCUUGUGGUUGCAUAUAGUGAAGAAUACUGGGUCAUAAAGAACAGCUGGGGAAGUUCUUGGGGAGAAGAAGGAUACUUCAGGCUGAAGAGAAAUGACGGAAACACUUGUGGUGUUGCCACAAGAGCUUCCUAUCCCACUUUGGAUUAAGAUUCUUUUUAUUCUUUGAAUUAAUCUUAAAAUAAACGUCUUUACUAGUUUUUUGA